AUGGCAGAGAAGGAGCAGACGAAGAAUGAAAGCUUCAGUUCACUCGAUGACAAUUGGGAAACCGAUGUGAAUGUGCUGAGCAAUGAGCUGUCAGAAUUGGACACUGACGACACGGACAAAUCGGAUUGGAUGCGUCUCCUUGGUGUCUCAAUGAAGCCGAACCCGUUGGAUGACUGGGAUCAACUGUACAAUUUGAAUAAUCAGUGCGCGUUGCGAAAUGAUUGCCGAAAACUUGCCAAUGAGUUGAAGAAUAAGAGAAGCGUUCCCGAGUUGGAGUCGUUUUUGACAUUGUACUGCAAGAAGCGCGGAAUGGAUUAUGUCAAGGAUAUUGGAUGGUUGACGAUUCUCGAGAAACUUCUGCUUCUCAACCUCCCGGCUGCUCACGAGUUCAACGUUUUCUUUGCCUUUACUACCAAAUACAUUCCAAAGGACACACGCCCGAAUGCUCAAAUCUACGACUUGUUCCGCCUUCUCCUGCAGUACCACGACCCACAAAUCAGUAACCACCUGGAAGCUCUCCAUUGCUCCCCGUCAACGUACUGCAAACAAUGGUUUUCCACACUAUUCGCGAGCAGUAUGUCAACCGAAACUUGCCAUGAAUUAUGGAAAAUUUACAUUGAACAGGGUGACCCCUUCCUUGUUUUCCAUCUCGCCAUUGUUUUCUUGAUCAAUGCCAAGGAAGAAAUCCUGCAGGUGAAACGUGGAGAGCAAGCGCAAGCAGUUCAAAUCCUGGAGAAUAUGGCUUCCCAACUGAGUGUUGAAGAUGUCACGGACUUCUUCCAGCUGGCACUUCACUACUCCGAGAAGACUCCUGAAUGUAUUCGGAAGGAUUUCCAUUACAUUAUCUUCGGAGCAAACUUUGAUGAAGAAAUCAAAGAAAUGCAGAUGAAUAAGAUGUUGUGCUUGCCAAUUCCAGCAAUUGAUCUGACUUCGAAUGAUGAGAUGUCAAGUGGUAACGUGAAUUUCUUCAUAGUCGACACCCGGUCGAAUGCAGAUUUCGACUCCGGACACUUCGUCUCCUCCUUCAACUUAAAUUGCGUUGCGAUUGUCGACGAACCCGAAAAAUUCGACAUUGCGCUGAAUAGUCUGGAAUGCUACAAAACGUCGCGUCGUGCCGAAGAUCACUAUCUCAUCUUGGGAUACGGUUCCGAUGAAGAGGAUAAUUAUAUGAACAUGCUGAUCGCUAUGUUCAUACAAAAGGGCAAAGCUCAUGUGUCUUUUGUGCAGGGAGGCUAUCAGAAACUUCAUGACUGCAUCGGACAGCAUAACAGAUGGGAGUUGAUCGCAAUGCAUUCGGAGGAGAAAUGUCAUCUUUGUUCUAUUGAGAAAGCCAGUCCAAAAUGGGGAUUCUUCUCCAAAGUAAAAUCUGCGGUGAGCAACACCUCUAACAGAAUGAAGGAACGUGUCGAAGCGGUGGUUUUCCCGAUUGGUGAUGACAGAAAGCUGGAUGACAAACUGAACCACGCUGACUCAAAACAACGUCAUGGAAAAAGAUACCGACAGCAAUCGGUGUUCACGAUUGAUGAGAAUAGUGAUGAGGAGUUGACACCGGGCGCUGCUGUGGAUGAGAAUCCCAAGGAAGAGAUCCUGCUCUCCAAGGAGUUCACUGAAACAUUCGAAUGCCAGGAAGUUUUCCGUGAUGGAAGUAUCAACGGACACAUCGCACUGACUCGAACCCAUAUCUACGUUCUUCAUGACGUGCCUGGAAAACAGGGAUACGUCACUACGGAAGCCCGCCAUGCUCUUUCCACGGUUGUCGCGGUCACCAGUCGCCGGAGUGUCCCCGAAAUGCUCACCUUCAAACUUGGAUACGAAAUGAACGGAUCUUCAAAAAUAACUGCUGUACAUAAGUUAUACGUUCCAAAAGCUGGUGAAUGCGCGAAAGCAGUGAAAUUGGCUAUCUAUGCUCUCCGCCCGCUUCCUGAUGCAUAA